ACGCAACGCUCUUUUCCUGUGAGAAAGAUUGAUGUUCUUUGAGAGCAGUAGACUUGUCCAAUCACUAGUUUGGUUUCAGAUUUGAUGUAGAUUGCCAGGAUGAUCGAAAAGGUCCAUGUAAGGUCGACAAGAUGGGAGUAGAUAAGAUCCCUCUGCUUGAGAAGCAUAAUGAUGGCGACUCGUCCCUCGACGCUAUCGAUAUUUGUAUCCCCACAGCCUACGAACCAGCGACCACCCAAGUUGCUAGGAAUACUCCCUUGGAAUCGGAACGGUUGUCAAUGCCUCAGCCCUCAGCUCCCGAGUACAACCCUUCUCCUCGGGAAGACACAACAUCCAAGAGCAUCCUCUGUGCCAACUGUAAGACUCCUUUGGCAACCAACCACAAAUUUUGCCCUGAAUGUGGCACUCCAACACAUUCCGGGGGCCCCAGCAACACGCCAGGAGCGAACCUGGCGGAAUUCUCUCAGUCCGGCACGUUUCCAGUGAAGCUGCCUGCGGGGGUGCGAUUCGGUCAGACCUUGAGGGUUCAAGUUCCUGCUGGCUAUCGCGGGUCUGGCGAGAUCGUCUACUUCGCUGUACCUGCCGAGGCAUCUCCCGGUCAGAUCGUUCAAGUUCCACUCCCCGCGACCAACGUUGGCAGCACAGAAUAUUUCCAGGCAAGGAUUCCUCAGUCCUGCCAUCCUGGGCAGGUCAUGCAGGUCCGCGUGCCUGAAGGAUACAGAAAUGCUGGGGAGCUUGUUCGUUUCACCAUCCCCGCCGGCACGGGACCGAACCAAGUGAUCAAGGUGCCACUUCCUUCAAACGUCUCACAAGCAGUGGGUGGGAAAUUUAAAGUUUGCCUUCCUCUAAACUGCAGCCCGGGCCAGACAUUGAAGGUCCAAGUACCGGCAGGAUACCAGCAAUCUGGUCAAGACGUCAAGUUCAUUGUUCCCCAUGGUGCUGCUCCAGGCUCAAUUGUGCUGGUCCCGCUCCCCGAAUUAAAGAGGCCUGGCGUGUACAAUUGAAGUUUUCAAAGACGAUUCUAGUUUAAAUGAUCUGGAGCAGAAGUUCCCUUCAUGAGACAUCACACAAUGUUUUUCCUCAUUAAGUGUGAUUAGCGCAAUGGAGCAUCAAUCAUCAUCG